AUGCUGCAGGAGGAUGUCCCGCUUUGGGUGUCAAAGACCAACCCCAGAACAGGCCGCCAGCCCGCCGCCUCUUGCCCGCUGCAGAAAGAAGUGGAGACCCCUCAAAAGCUGGAAGACCCCCCUCUCCAGAAGGAGCAGGAGCCCAAGCCGCUGCCCCUGGGGCAGAAGGAAGCCUCCCAGCGCCGAGGCGGCGGGGCCCCGGAGCUGAACCAGAAACACAACGAGGAGACGCUGCCCCCGUUCCUGAUCCACGGCUGGCCCGCGCGGCAGCAGGCCGGGGGCUCGUCCUCCUCCUCCCCGGCGCGGUGCCCGCAGGGCGCCCCGGCGGGCGGCUGGAGCAGCCGGCUGGACGGCUUCCCCCCCGGCCGGCCCACCCAGGCCAACCUGGAGCGCAUCUGCCUGCCCGCCCGCCAGCGGGUCACCUACGGGCCCUGGAACCUGCCCCAGACCGGCUUCUCCCACCUGAGCCGCCAGGGCCAGGCCCUCAACCGGCUGGAGACCGGCUACGGCGCCUGCUGCCUCCGCCAACACCGGGGAGCCCAGCCUGGAUUGCGCCCAGGCUGGUGGUGUGGGCCGAGGCCCUGGGCCAGUUUCUGCGAGGCCGAGUUCUCCAUCAAGACCAAACCUCAUCGCUGCUGCCCGGAGCGCGCCUCGCGCCUCGCCUGCUUCGAGGCGCGGGCCCCCCGGCCCGACUACCGGCCGCGCCCGCCCUGCCCGCGGCCCGACGCCCCCGCGGCCCGGGGGCCCCGGCCCUUCCCCGGGGAGCCGACCCCCGGCAACGUGGAGAACAUCUGCCGCCUCCGCCGCUUCCGCUCGCCGCCCCGGGAGCUGGGGCCGCUGCGGAGGCAGGCGCGGGCCCGGAGGCUGGAGGCCGAGUUCAAGCGCUGCUGCGGGCGGCGGCGAGGGAACGUCACCUGCGCCCGCCGCGCCGUAAGUGCCCCCGCCCUCCGACGCGCCCACCCCCUGCUGCCACGACAACCCGGCCCGGCCCGCGACGACUGCUUCGCCCGCCGCGCCCCCUACCCCGACUACGACCGGGAGCUGCUCACCCUGGACCUCAGCCGUGUCACCCCCGAGCUCAUGAGCCAGAUCUGCGGCUACCGUCAGGUCCUCACCAAACAUAAGCAGAUCCCGGGGUUGAUCCAUAACAUGACGGCAGUGUGCUGCAACCUGCCCCCGGACAACCAGAGUCAGUGCGCCGAGGAGGAGAAAUCGGCCUUCAUCACCAACCUGUGCGGGCCCCGGCGGGGGUCCUGGCGGGACCCCGAGAGCUGCUGCGACCGUCAGCCGGGCCGCAGCCAGAACUCCUGCUUCAACAACCACUACCUGAACCAGGUAGCCCUGGUGGCCGGAGAGCCCGGGCAGCCCCAGAGCCCGAGGACCCCGGGCCCCGGGGACGCCCAGGACCCCCGGGACCCGGAGGCCGAGGCCGAGUUCCCCGAAGAAGAGGAAAAACAGGCCGACUAGACCCCUCCCUCCCACCCAAACCUACGCACGAUUUCCUCCAAUAAACACCUCUGCCGUGGG